AUGCUUAUUUUCAUAGCACCAGCUUCAUAUGCUCAAUCGCGCGUUUGUCUGGACGAACAACGAAUUCAUUCUCAUUCCGAUCAAAAACUCAUGCCAAUCCACAACAAAACUUUCCUUUAUCGGCUUGAACAUGAGCAUACCCUAUCAAUUAAACGACUUCAGCAAGCUAUUCAACAAGUUCUCAUCAAACAUUCAGCGCUUCGCACUUCGCUCAUCUUCCAUGCGGAACAAAAUCUAUUUCUUCAACGAAUUAUUCGCUUUAGUAAGGACGACUCAUUUGCUUACAUAGAAAGCAUCUUUCAAACUGAUGAACAACUCAAUGACAUCAUCAACGAUGAAAGGCUCAAUCCUCGACAUUUCGAUCUCGAUCAAGGUCGCGUCUUUCGGUGUCAUCUCGUUUACUACAAACAAGUUUCUUCAGAAGAUCUUCUCUCUGAUGAAGAUGUACUUAUUUUCAAUUUUCAUCAUGCUGUCUUUGAUAAUUCAUCAAUGGACAUUUUCCUUGCAGAUCUGAACAAAGCUUACAAUACAGGCGAAUUAGAAACUAACGACGACAACAGUUUGCGUUAUUUGGACUAUGCGUUGCUGGAACGACAAAUGCCGAUGACUACUGCCAAUCUGUUUUGGCUUGAUUACCUUCAUGGUUGUGAACUCGAUCAACGAUUACUAUUACCAUAUGAUAGACAUAAUCUUGUGGAUGAACAUCGAACUGGUCGUGGAGCAUCUUUUUCUUUUGAUCUCGGUGGGAAACUUUCACUAGAAUUUCUUCUUUAUGCAUUGUCAAAUAAGAUCAAUGUGGAACACUUGUUAAUUGCCAGUUACUAUGCACUUCUCUUUAAAUUAAGUAAUGACGAGAGAGAUUUAUGUAUUGGAAUAAAUAUCAAUAAUCGAUAUAAAAGUGAAUUGAAAACAAUCAUUGGAUUAUUUGAAAACAUUAUCCCAGUUCGGUGUCACUUAAACUCUCAUUGGACUGUGCAUCAAUUAAUUAAUAAUAUUUGUGAAACACUUGAUAAUACUCUACAGUAUUCUUAUUUUCCUCUUCAACGUAUUCUGGCACAACAUUCGAAUAUUUCAAAAGCUGCCUUUCUUGAUAUUUUAUUUGAAUUUCAAUCAAACACAAGACAAAUAAUGAUUGGUGAUAAUCAACUCUAUGAUCUAAAUAAAUCAAUGACAAGCGACGAAAAUCAGACAAUAACCAUCUCUGAUCUCGCCAUUAUUUUUCAACAUGACAUGCACGAUAACCGAUUCUCAUGUACAAUUAAUGCAUCACUUGACUCGUUUGAUAUAGAUACAAUUUAUAAGAUUGGACAACGAUUUCAUCUGUUGUUGCAUCAGCUAUAUGAACCAGUUAAUAAUUAUGAAUUGAAUAGACCAAUCUGUGAGUUAUCCUCGAUAUUACCUGAUGAAAAAUUAGUAAGAGAAACAAUAAAUAGUACACAAGUACACGUGGAUUGUCUUUCAUGCAUGCAUCAUGAAUUUAUCUGUCAAGUAGUAAAACAUCCACAAAAAAUAGCUGUUGAACUCGAUGAUCAAUUGUUGACAUACGCUGAACUUUUAACUUAUAUUCAACAAUUGGCUAUUCAUCUCUUAGAUCAAUUCCAUAUUGUUCCAGGUGAUAUUGUUGCUCAAUGUGUCGAAAGAAGCUUAUCAAUGGUUAUUGGUAUAAUGGCAAUAGAGAUGGUUGGUGGUGUUUAUUUUCCAUUGUCACCUCGAGACCCAGAAACUCGUUUACAUAUGCUUUUGAAACAAACUCAGUCUCGUCUUGUCCUUAUCCAUUAUUUAACAAAAACGAAGUUUAAUGAUGAUAUUAUUUUGUUAGAUAUCAACUCAAUCUUGAUGCAUACUCAUUCGAUUGAUGAUAUCGAAAUUGAUCGAUUAUCAAAUGUAAAAGUAACGCUUGAUAGUAUUGCUUAUAUUAUCUUCACAAGUGGUUCAACAGGAGCACCAAAAGGAUCACGAUUUCGACAUCGCAACUUCGUUCAAUGCAUGCAUUCAUUAAUUCAUAUUGAUUCGUUUAAUCAAAAUGACACGAUGAUACAAAUGGCACGUUGCUCAUUUGACAAUCAUAUUCAAGAAAUUGUCGGCUCGUUGAUGAUAGGAGCCACAUUAAUUAUGCUUCGUCCAAAAGGAACCAUCGAAGUUGAUUACCUUGCUGCAACUAUGAAAAACAAGCAAGUGAGCUAUAUGCACAGUGUGCCAAGUUUGCUUCGCAACUUUUUCACUUUUCUCAAACAAACUGAUUCGUUGGUCUCUGUGGCAUAUCUUCGAUCACUUUGCACUGUUGGCGAGCCUUGUACAAUGAAAUUAGUUAAUUUGAUUCUUACCCAUCCGACACAGAAAUUUGUCUUAUGGGACUUAUAUGGCUUGACCGAGACCACUGUAGUAUGCACUUUCCAUCGCAUAGAAACGAAAGAAAAUACUGAAAGCAUUCCCAUUGGACGUCCACUUCCGAAUUAUCGACAUGUUCUUCUCGACGUAUUCUUCCAACCUGUUGCCAUUGAUCAGGAAGGCGAGCUAUUUAUCGGAGGUGUAGGCAUCUUCGCAGGCUUUCUCGGACGUGAUGAUUUAACAGCAAAAGCAAUGAUUGUGAUCGAUGGCGAGACAUUCCAUCGAUCAGGUGAUCUCGUUCGAAUGAAUGACAGUGGUGUCAUGAAUUAUGUUGGCCGAAAAGAUUUUCAAAUAAAAUUACAUGGACAAAGAAUAGAAUUAGGAGAAAUUGAACGAUGUUUACUCGACACAUCAAUUUCAGCUUGUGUUAUCAUAAAAUGGGAUGACCAUCAUUUGAUCGCUUACGUUCAAAGAACUUCUGACAUUAGCGAACAAGAAUUACGUGAACAUUGUCAAUCUCAUUUACCACCUCACAUGGUUCCAUCAGUAUUCAUCAUACUCGAAAAACUACCAUUGAACGUCAACGGGAAGGUAGAUCGAAAGAGUCUUCCCCCACCUGAUCUAUCUUCAUUUAAUAUGGCACCAGCAGAUGAAUCGAGUAGUUCAUACAAUGAGUCAGAAAACCGUCUACAUGAUAUUUGGUGUCAAGUUCUUCAAUGUACUGGGAAGCAAAUUCCAAAAACUAAAAAUUUUUUCAGCAUUGGCGGUCACUCCCUUGUAUUUAUUCAACUCUACCAUCUUUACCAAAAAACGUUUCACUUCGAUAGUCAUGUACUUUCUAUUGGCCCAUUUCUUCAACAACCAACUAUAGCUCACCAUUCACAACUACUCGAAUCACUCCAGAUAAAUGACACACAUUCAAAACAAUGGCACACAUUGUAUAUUAAUCAAGGAGUCGCCUCAUUCGUUCAAGAGCGCAUCUUUCUUGAUGAACAAGUUCGCUUUUCUGAUAACGCUGCUGUUUACAAUGAAGUGAUUGCCAUGCGACUUGGUCGAGGUUUGAUAUCCAUUGAACGUCUAUCACAAGCACUUCAAUUGGUUCUAAUAAAGCAUCCAAUAUUACGUACAUCCCUCAAUUUCAAUAAAUCCGAUGGUACUCUAGAACAGUCAAUUACCGACAACCAUCAAGCACCUAUCUUUCAUGCUCAACAAACGUUCGAAAAUGAAAAUCAACUCAAUGAUAUCAUCUAUAAAACCGUUAUUAAUCGAGAUCUGUUUGAUUUGUCAAAAGGUCGUGUUUUUCAUUGCGAAAUACUCCGAACGAAGAAAUUUGCAAAUGAAAGUCAUGACGAUGAACAUAUAAGAAAGUCUGAUAUCAUUCUCAUGGGAUUUCAUCAUACAGCAUUUGAUCGAUCAUCUUUUCAAAUCUUUUCCAAUGAUCUGUGUGAUAUGUAUAAUAACACUAGUCGAACGUGUUCAGAAAAUGAACACUCAUUGCAAUAUAUUGAUUAUGCUGUUCUUGAACGCUUAAUUGAUAUGAGUCCAUCACAAAGAUUUUGGCAUUCACAACUGGAAAACUACAAUAUACGAUGCCCAUUGUCAUUGCCUACUGAUCGUCAACGUUCAUCUGCUGGUCAGAGAUCCCCAUUUUCCACUGUAGCCGAAAUCACUUUCGACAACGAUGUUGCGACAUCAUUUCUAAACUAUGCUUCCUCACAUCACGUCACACCAUUCCAGUUGGGACUAGCCACCUUUUAUGCAUUUCUAUUCAAACUAACUCAUGGACAAAAUGAUCUAUGCAUUACAUCACCCAAUGCAAAUCGGUACAGAAAUGAGUUACAAAAUGUGAUAGGAAUGUUCGUCUCAACAUUACCGUAUCGGAUGGAGUUGGAUCGUUGUUGGACAUUUGAUGAACUCGUGAAACAUGUCCAGGAAAAAUGCCUGGCAAUUCUUUCGCACACAAACUACCCGUUACAACAUAUUCUUGCUGAUUUUCAUCUGAAUCAAUCAAAUGUGCCUUUUCUCGAGACAGUGUUUGAUUUUAUGACUAUUUCUUCGAACGGCCAUCAAUCAUUUCUCAAUGGUACAAGUUUAAAACCGAUGUUGAUGUAUCAAUAUUCUGAAGUGGCCAAAUUCGACUUUAUGUUAACAUUCAAUUACAAUCCAGUGGUAUAUGAUAAAAGAGUAUCAUGCUGCUUUGUUUUUUCAAGCGAUAUAUAUAAACAAAAAACCGUUACCAGAAUAGCACAAAGAUUGGACUGUCUUUUCGGGCGAAUUUUUGGUUUUCAGUCAAAUUUUACUCAGGUAGAUCAAUCAAACGUAUGUCUUGGGCAAAUAUCACUUACAUUGCCAGAGGAGAGCGAAGAAAUGAAAGCGCUAAUUUUUCAACGGCGUCCAAAUAUUGUGAAUGAAGGUAUGUUUGUAUUUUUGAUAUUUUUUUCUUGUGACAUAUGCAACAGUUAUUUUAGCAUCUGAAUACUUGAUAGGUUAUCCGUUUCUUCGAACGGUUAUUUGUCGAAUUUUCGUUUGCUAAAGCCGGUCGGUUCUAGGAAUCACUUCCGGUCAAAGAUGUGAUUUCUAGUGACAAUUCUGAGCUUUAGAGAGUGUCUUUUUUGCAACAGUCGACGUAUUUUCCCGGAGAUAACGUCACAAAAGCAUGGCUUUUCGGGAAUCAGUUUUAUCGCGAAUUCUUUGGGUGCACGCGAAUAUAAAAGAAGCCUAUAAACAUGUUUCGUUUGAGAAAUCCUACUCUUGUGAUUGACAGUUUUGCGUGCUGAAUCAUUUUUUUGUGAAUAAAACCGCGAUCGUAUAUUGUCAGCACGAAUUACAUUCAAUCAAUUCGAAGAAAUCUUCGUGGCUUUUCUUUUACUGUGGAGUUAAGGAGCGUUGUUGCAGUAAAAAUACGAUAGAAAAAAUCUCAUAGAGCAAUCAACCGGUGAUUAAACGAAAAUGAAGAACGGUAUGCGUUGUGGCAACCAACUUAAAAGGAAAUCUCUACCGCAAUGUACGGAAACCCAUCGUUUUGACAAUGUUAGAGAGCAUAGUAUCACGAGAGCUGUUAUAGUCUGAGUGGAAAAGCCACGAAGAUUUCUUCGAAUCGAUUGAAUGUAAUUCGUGCUGACAAUAUACGAUCGCGGUUUUAUUCACAAAAAAAUGAUUCAGCACGCAAAACUGUCAAUCG